AUGGCGUCGGCAGCGGCUACGGCCUACGCCUAUCACCAUUUGGUACUUCCUCCGAAGCUCCCGCAGCAGGACGACCGCAACGCCGCGCACGACUUGACUCUUGUCGAUAUCGCCAUUCACGCCCUUGAGUCUCUGAAACCCUUUGUCAACAGCGAGCAUGUCGGCUCAGUCGAAGUCGCCGUCAUAACAGUCAAAAAUCUUCGCAGGUGCCGGGACCGCCACGGCAAUAACUGUGAAUGUCAAGUUCAAGACGUUCUUGCCAAUGUCGCAAACGGCGUCGCUACUGGUAAAGUUCCACUGGAGAUUAAAGAGCAGAAUGCCGGGAUUUUUAUCAGCCGAUCUUCAGACAACUUGGUCUUCGAGUUCUUCGAGCUUUCUCCUACGAACGAGGCGGCUAUGCAUCCAGGCCGACUAGUACGAGAGUUCCCUGCCCAUGCAUCACAGAUACCUAUCGGAAAGGUCAACCCCGAUCUUAUCGAAUCGAUCUCCAGGACCAUAGCUACAAUGACGACCCAGACAGCUCCUGGCUUCCAGCCCAAGAUAACCAAAAACAACAAGAGCAUGGACGAACAGCGCGACACGACGCAUCCCGGCAUGACAACCGACUUCUUUUCGAACCUUAUCGCUGCUUUCGGUGAGCCGACAGAUCUACUGUUCUCCCGACAAGCACCUUCCAGUCUCCAUGCCGACGGUCUGUACAAAGCCUUCAUGAUCUUUAUGCUAUCACGAUUACUCGAUCUGGGGAAACAGCACUGGAAAGAUAUGGGUAGCGAGGCGAUUCAUAUCACAUUAGCCAAGUUAUCCCGACGGCUACGCAAGUUCGAGCUUCUCAAGCAAGAAGGGUACCUACAGCCAGGCUGGGCACAACAUAUUCAUGACCGGAUGCUUAACGCCCACAAAUUCAUCAACCAGCACUGGCAGGAUCAGAUCGACAACUCUCAGGCCAAUAUCGACUUCAGCACCGUUGCCCAGCUCAAGCCUAAGGCCGAUGUCGACAUGAAACUCUCCGGGUUAGAUGCAUUCUUGUUGGCGGUCACGUCUCGUCAGCGAGAAGUCUCGUCGUCUACCUUCACUCCCACUUCCGGGUAUCCAUCUUAUCCAGCUACUCAAUUACCGGAAAGCAUAAAGUCGUUCGGUUCUCAUGAAGACAAAUACUUCCGCCUAGCCGCUUUCGAGAAGUGGGUCGAGCAUCAUCUUGUUGACUGGUACACUUCACAUCUCCACGAUGGAGAUGCAUGCGGGAGUCUACGUACAAUCAUGACUAGCUACUAUGACGUUGCUAGUAGCACCUAUGCUGGAGUGCCUAUCGGCCUAUCUAUCAUGUAUCUGACGCUUACUGGGCUUUGGAUCGCAUGCGACCGGAUCGCAUGCACGAUAUAUCCCAUGCUGCUUGAUUAUGAUCCUGAGGUCGAUCUGGCCGAGUUUCAAUGCCUUACGCUUCCCCUCAAGAGCCACCUGAACCGCUUGGACGCUUCAGAGCGCUAUGUACGAAUGCGACAGGCCACAGCGGUGAAAGGAAGACCUUCUGUCUAUCGAAGGCUUGGAGACCCUGACUCGUUCUCUGUCCGAUACUUUGAUCGGUGCGAGACUCUUCAGGCUACAUUAUCAGAUAUCGAACUUGAUGCCGCUGCCAAGCGCAAGCGGAAGUGUAAAGAGCUGGCAGAUCUCAAGCUACAGUAUCAGCAGUACAUGGACCAGUACAAUAGCAACGUAUGUGAGGAGGUAUGGGAGAUCUACAAUCGCAGACACGGCUACAGACGAAAGGUCCACUCCAACAACUGCAGCAGAUGUGCAGCGAAGGCCAAGGCAGAUUUCCUUACGAUCCGGAUCUACGAAUGGCCAGUCUCCUCAAAAACACCUGUAGCAAAGGCUACGGUGUUUGAGUUGGCUGUACCGGAUCCCUACAGCAACUGGCGCGAUGCCUCAGCGCACUUCAUUACCACGGUUCUCGGCUAUAAGGAUGCGAACCAAUUACGACCGUCACACUCAUACACGCUCAACAACCACCAGGAUCUGUCCCAUCUGCUAUCCAAUGGGUACCAUCGACGGAGAAUAGUCCCACUCUCAAAUGUCAAGAGCCACACUGCCACCCACAGGAAGUUGCAGAAAGCUAUUCCUCACUUGAACGAUGACGAUGUUUGCCUUGACAACGCUUUACAAUACGCCUACUACGACGUUUCCAGCGGCAUCUUCAACGCUAGCAUGCCCAGUUGUACAGAAGAAGUCCCGAAGAAAUGCCUAUACCCCAUGCCAACGCGAUCAAAGGCUCUUGAACGCUUCAUGUAUCGCCCACCAACAUCGCCCGAUGGUUUACCAGCCAACGAAGUUAUCGCCAGUUUGUCUGAUUGUCCAAUGCACUUCUCGAUCGAUGAGUAUAAGGCUUUGGGCGCGCUACCGCUUGGGAGCAACCUUGUUCAUUCGAACAUUCUUGCUCAGCUAGCGAUUCCAUCAGUCGACUUUACAAAGAUCGAGACGCAAUGUAUAAUUCUCCAGGCUGUACAUCAGGCGGGUCCGCCAAGUCAGUGCAUCGAGCGGUCAGGCCACUCUAUCCUUACAGAAACCUCGUUUGGCCAUGCUAUGCUCGCGCAGCUUGAGAGCAACUUGGGCCGCAUCGAAGAAAACUGGGAAUCAUGGAGGGCUGCAGCAACAUUCUCCUUACUCGCUCGACGAGUACUGAGCUUGACACGAGCCCAGGACGUUCGUUCUCGCGCGCUUGAUUACCUUGAGACUUUGCGAGCGGUUUGCUUGAAAUGGUUACGACGCUUGAAGAAGCGGGUGGCUGCCUCAACGGACGACGGCCAGCGCACAGAACUUUGGAGCCGCGCUACAGAGGUAGCGCUGCUGUGCACCUCGACCUAUGAUGUGGAAGAGCCUGACUUUGAGACUGUGCUUCAGCAAAAGUCGGCAAUCUCAACGUUGCUUCAAUCGUCUAUUGUUGUGCAAGAGCACUGUGGAACCAUGCAGUCGGAUUUCACAGAGCUUUUCGGUAUCUCACUACAGUCGUGGAAGUCAUUGAUGUAUCGCAUCCUUCCGACACUACGAAAUCGCGUCCUCGAGGAUGACAGCGGUCUUUCGGAUGCCAUCAAAGCGAAUUGGGCCGCAUUCGAAGAAUCGAAUUCCAGUAAUUCUUGGUGUUCACUGAACGAGAAUCGCCAAAAGCAAUGGAUGCUCACGACAUCCGGAAAUCUUCCUGUGCACUUCAACUUACUCACUGGAGAGUUGCUUGUCAAUGGCCUUCCGCUCGCUCGUCUUCCUGCCGAGUACGAGCGCCACAGGAUGUAUGAGCCUUUGUUCCACAAAUCAGCUCUGGAAGUUGUGCCAACCGAUGAACUUGGGUUCAGGUUCUCUGCCAAGACUCUAUACCAUGGCUACAACCUUCACUUCGGAAUGACGGGCCAGGAUAUGAUCCUGUCCGCUUUCGGAAAGGGUACGAGGCGGCUUGAGUUGGUACCUUCACGUCUUUUUCAGGGCUUGUUACCUGAGUCAUUUGUGACAGAUGCCGUACACUGGUAUGAUUUCAACGCUCAAGAGCUCUUGUUUCGGCCUAUGUAUGCUCCCUGGUCGACUGAAGACGAUGAUACACGAUGGCGCCUCGUACGACACGGAACGUCAUGGCGGCUAGUCAACAAAGACAAGGUUAUGAUCUGCGUGCGUAGCCCUACAGCUCGUACCAUCUCGAGCAUUUUGGCGCCCCUAGAGAAACCGCUACACAUGCACAUGCGUCUUGUUGGUUCAGACAAUACUUCUGAUCUCCGCGUCGAGAUAGAGCUACCGCGACUACAAAUCUCGUUCGAAUUUGUCGAAGCGAGUGACCAUUUGCGCUCUCGCCAAUUUCGCGACAUGAUUAUCGACUCUGAUCAAACCAUGGGUGCCCUUGUUGGCAUGCAAAGCCGGUUGAUAUUGAGGUCAGCGGAAGGUCGGCGAAUGAUGAUCAUUCCGGAAGGAUCAGUCGGUUUCGCGAAGGGAGAUCUACACCAUCCUGAGGUCAGAAUUCUAGAAGACUCGGCAACUCGGAUUCGCGCUUAUGACAUCGACGAGACUCUUGGCCAGAUAACUGGAGAUGGAAGCCUGCGAAGCCGCCUGAUCUUGUGCUACAUGCACGCGCUAACGUCUCACUGCCUACCCGAUCCUCUGACUGGAUGUACCGGCACUGAGUCAGCUAUCUCAAUUCUGGGAUCGGCAGCUGUGGGAUCGAUCGACCUUCUCGCACCAGAAGAUAUAGAUCUUCUGACCUGUCUGGCAAAUCUCUCGGCUACGAGAUCGUUUUAUCCCGAGAACCUGAAAGUAAUGCAGCGUACGAAGUGGGAUACGAGUCUCCCAUCGCUAUCGCAACAUACUUCUUUGCGGUCUCUCGUAUUGAGCCUAUUACAUCAGGUUGGGAGGAUGCAAUUCUUCUACCCUGACAAACACAAUGACUUCGAGUUGAUCAGAAAAACCCAGAAGAAAUUGAUGUCGUCUUCAACUGCCUAUUUGGAUGAGCGAGCUUCAAUUCGCACUGCCACGUUCCACGUCGCCGGCUUUGGUGCAGAGCACUUCAGCUCUGCAGAAGACUCGUAUUACGACCGGCGAGACGUCCAAUUACAUUCCAAGAGAGGAGCUCAGUCUCAUACGACAGCCAAGCUAAUGCUACGGGAUCGAUUCAGCCUUCACGGCCCUAUCACAGACCUCAAAGUCAGGCUUCUCCAACAGCACUUCAAACAUGCUACCAUCCUCGGAGUGAAUCGUUCCUUCGAUCCUGUAAGUCUCCGAUACGAUUCAAAGUGGCUGGACGAUGCAUCAAAAGCAAUCAUAGAGCAAUGGUGCACUCUACAACCAGGUCUAGCUGGCGUGUCUACCAGCAGCAAAAACAGAUACGACAUAAUCACAUGGCUGUCCACGAUGGCAUACGGAACAUCGGAUAUGAAUGUCAUACAGGCUUUUGCCGCAUUCUAUAUCUCACAGGAUUUCUCCACAGUACAACCACCUGCUGCUUCAACGUUCGAAUUAGCGAAGGGACAUGUCUUUCACCAAACCACGAUUGAGAACAUCCUUCAUAACAACGCCAAGCCAUUCGAAGAUUCUCGUGAAGCGAUGUCACCAAAGUCGGCAUCAGAGACUGAAGAGCAGCAUCACAACAGAAUGAACUCCUUGUUUCGACAACGGAAGAAUAGUGCGAUCCAGAACUUCGUGAGCGGCUUGAAGAAGCAGUGGCCAAUUCAGGUUCCUACAUUACCGCAGGCGGCUGCAAUUGACACGUAUGUCAAUGUUUCCGAUGCAAUGGUCACUAUCCGGAAUCACUUUUACAGCUGGUACGAUAACCACUUAUUCAUGGAAUACCUCGGCAAAUUGUCAACGAUCAUGGCACGACAGGUGGCGUCGCCGGUUGUGGCACCACAGCAUAUCCUUACCUCGCCGCCAAAGCAGCCUCAGCUCAGCGACUCCACUCGGCAUCUCAGCGUCCUGGAUGUGUUCGCUUUAAGGCCAUCUCGGUCCAUCGAAACCCUCUCACUAACAGCUCCUUCCGAGCCUGCCGUUACGGUCGCCAAAGGACAUCUGCCUGAGAAGCAUUCGGAGGUGAAUGAAAGGCUUGAGGAACUUUGUCGAAGAAACAUGGUCUACGCCACCUCCAAGUGUGAGCGAGAGUACGUUGAGAAUCUACGAUCAAGCUGCGAUGCCCUCAACUCGUUUGUCAACAGCGAUGUCAUGCAUGACGAGUUAGUUGCAGAUGUUCAAGCUCUGCUGCACGACUACCUCAGCAAGUGCCAGAACCAUCUCGAGACCUUCAACUCCGCAUUGAAGGGGCUUUUUAGCCACCAAGUCGCCUUUCAAACACAGCUGUCGCCACGAUUAUGUACAAAGUUCUGGCUCGGUCAACUACACAGAGACCGAUUCGACACACUAUCGUCUGCCUGGAAAGAAAUUGUCAUUCAGUAUGCGCUCGCUAUCACCAAUCUACAACGCGCUCAGCGGCUGCUCCGCUUAUCCAAGAAGCCGGUCGAUCUCGUGGAGGAGCUCCGCCAUGUUGGACAUAGCAAUUGGGAUGUGCAUCAAUACCCAGAGACUCUUCUCAUCGAGGCUGAGAGCGGAAUUCUUGUACGAGCCGAACAGGAGUUUAUUGCUAGCCAGAUGCGUUCGCCAAAAGAUGGCUGGAAUAUCGUGCUUCAACUGCUCAUGGGCGGUGGCAAGAGCUCAACUAUUCUUCCCAUACUGAGUGCUUUUCAUGGAGACAGGAAGAAGCUUGUCCGAGUGGUCAUCGCAAAACCCCAGAGCCGGCAGAUGCUGCAAAUGCUGGUCGCUAAGCUUGGUGGUCUCUUGAACCGAAAAGUUUAUCAGAUGCCCUUCUCACGCAACCUCCGACUUAAUGCUCAAGAUGCCGUCACCAUCCGCGAGAUCUACGAAGAAUGCAUUCGCGAGCGCGGUGUAUUACUGAUUCAACCGGAGCAUAUCCUGUCUUUCAAGCUGAUGGCAGUGGAAUGUGUUCUCAUUGAUCAGCCAGAAACCGCUCGGAAACUGCUAGCAACUCAGCAAUGGUUCGACGACGUGUCAUGCGACUGUAUCGAUGAGAGUGAUGAGAACUUCUCGACGAAGUUUGAGCUCAUCUACACGAUGGGCAGUCAGAGUUCUAUAGAAUACGCUCCAGAGCGAUGGUUGAUCAUUCAGGAUCUUCUAGCGCUAAUCCCCCCUGUGGCGAAGCAGGUCAAGGAGAUCCAUCCCGAGGCGAUCGAUAUAGAAGGCGAUGGCGACGGGCGGUACCCCAGGAUUAGGUUCCUACGACCUGACGCUGCCGAUCUGGCUUUGCGUCUACUCGCGACAAAGGUCGUUGAAUCAGGCGUAGGAAGUCCAUCUCGUUCGCAGUCUCCCACCAUGCAGGCCGCGAUACUGCGCUACAUAUCCGUAACGGAGCUGGAACCUCGUGAGAUCGAGAAAGUCGAACACAGCAAAUUUUGGACCGAGACGACUAAGCCGGCACUACUACUUCUGCGCGGGCUAUUUGCAGGGGGCGUGCUGAACUUUGUGUUCUCGCAGAAGCGAUACCGCGUCAACUUUGGUCUCGACAACACACGCAUUCCAGCCACUCGACUAGCCGUACCAUAUCGCAGCAAGGACUCUCCUUCACCUAGGAGUGAAUACUCACACCCUGACGUUCUGAUUUUGUUGAGCUUGUUAUCUUGGUACUACGAGGGUCUUAAGAACGAGGACCUGUUCGAUACCUUGAUUCAUCUGUUGAAGUCCGAUCAAGCAACCAUUCACUUCGACGAGUUCGUCAGCACCGCGUCUUCAAGUCUACCCGAGGCCUUCAGACAGCUCUCUGGCUUCUCCAUACGCGAUGAGCAUCAGUGCGUUGAGGAGGUAUUCCCAGGUUUACGGCAUUCCAAGAAGGCUGUCGACUAUUUCGUCUCUCACCUCGUGUUCCCCAAGGAACUGAAGCAGUUCCCUUUAAAGCUCAGUGCGAGUGGAUGGGAUUUGGCGAUCCAGAAACCGAAUCCCACGACCGGCUUCUCGGGAACAAACGAUACCCGGCAUCUUCUUCCACUCAACAUGCACCAACUUGAUCUGCCGAGCCAACAACACACCAACGCUCGGGUCUUGUCAUAUCUGUUGAUGGAUGAGACUUCUGUGGCCCAUUUACCCACACGCGCCAUCGGUAGUACAAGCAGUAAAGAUGGACAGCAUCUUCUUGCUUUCAUCGAGGGGUUACAUCCAGACAUAAGAGUUAUACUGGACUGCGGCGCAUCAAUCCUUGAUAUGAACAACCGAGAGGUGGCUGAAGCCUGGCUGAAGCUACGAGGCAACGACGUCGCAGCCGUGGUAUACUUUGAGGACGAGGAACUGUCUGUCCUAGAUCGCUCUUCCAAGAUCGAAUCCUUCCAGACAUCUCCAUACGCGAAGAUGCUAGAUUCGUGUGUCGUCUACUUGGACGAGAGCCAUACACGGGGAACAGACAUACCAGGAUUACCGCGACACUAUCGGGCUGCCCUGACGUUAGGCAGUCAACUGACCAAGGAUCGCCUCACACAAGCAGCUAUGCGACUACGAAAGCUCGGUAAUGGCCAAUCGGUGUGCUUUGUCGUACCCGGGGAGAUACGUACCAAGAUCUACGAACGAAACGGCAAACCGCCCGGUACCCCAAUCGACGUUUAUGAGGUACUGGCGUGGGCGAUAGGCGAGACCUGGUCUGAUAUCAAACGUUCGCUCCCACCGUGGGCUGUGCAGGGGAACCGAUCCGAGAGCCACAAGCACUUGUUGCUGGACGGUGCCAACACGACCAAAGGAACAGCGGAAGAGUUCCUAGAAGAGGAAGCAGCAAGCCUGGAGACUCGAUACAAGCCACGCGAGCCAGACGAUGAUGGCUCCAAGCACCUCCAGGAUUGGGACGAAUCUAAUGAGAACAUCGUCAAGAUCGUAUCACGAUGCCGUGAUUUCGAAGCCAUGGGCUUUGGCUCAGCUGCGCUAUCGGAGGAGCAGGAACGCGAACUCGCCCCGGAGAUCGAAGAAGAGCGCCAAAUCGAGCGCCCACCGCGCCUGAAGGCUCAUCCACAUAACUUUCACCCAGACCUCAAGCGCCUCAUCGAUACAGGAGAGUUCUGCUUCAGUUCAGAAGCAUGGGGACCGGCCUUUGAAGCCCUCUGCACCACGAGCGCUGCCAAGGAUGUUGAUCUGAGCAAAUUCCCUGACGACUUGCUGGUCACAGCGGACUUCAUACACACUGUUCAAGUUCCUCCAGGAUCGACCCGCGCGUCUUUCGUAUCCGACUCGUACCAACGACCUGUGCAAUUCGUACUUUCCGUCCAUCGCAAGGGAACUGUUAGCAACCUCAUCAUUGUGAGUCCCUACGAGGCCAAUCAGUUGCUACCUCUUCUCCGCCAGUCGAAGACAGUCUGCCUGCAUAUCUUCGCGCCGCGUUCCAAUGCCAGCUACGCAUCGGUCGAUGAUCUCAUGCUAUACAAUGUCGGUCGCAACUUCUUGCCUGGUUCAGUCUCGCGUAGCUUGACGAUGCAGCUGAAUCUCUUCGCCGGGAGUCUCUAUCUACGAUCGCUGUCGGAGUACGCCGAGAUCUGUGACUGUCUUGGUCUUCUAAAGGGAACAGCGAAAGACGGUCAGGAGGUCUAUGCAGAUGGCUUCAUUGAUCCGCCAGCUGGGAUCUGGGGGCUAGAGAAGUCUCCUGUGCCCUUCCUGCGAGCGCUACUCAUGAAGAUCCGGCGGGAAGGAGAAGGCGUCGAGAAGACCCAUCUGGGUAGGAUGCUAAGCGGAGUUCGGCUGGAGGAGAGCGACUUUGUGGUGGAAGAGUAG